AUGACUGGUUUAUCAAACAACUUGACAUCUCUAAUGCCUUUUUACAUGGUUUUCUUGAAGAAGAGGUUCAAUGGCUCCACAGUUGAUACAUCUCUUUUUACAUUCCAUUUGAAUGACAUUUCUGUUUAUGUGCUUAUUUAUGUUGAUGACAUAAUAGUUGCCAGUAAUUCCUCUUCUUCCAUUGACCAUCUUAUUACUCACCUUAGUGCUGAGUUUGCUGUCAAAGACCUUGGUUCCCUCUCUUAUUUUCUGGGAAUUCAGGUUACAAAAACAUCAGAAGGUCUCCAUCUCAGUCAAGGAAAGUAUGCUACUGAUCUAUUGAAUUGCACAAGGAUGGCUGGUGCUAAACCAACUUCCACACCUUGCACCUCAGGUUCAAAACUUUCCAAAUUUUUAGGGGAUCCACUCAAUGAUCCUACUGAAUAUAGAACUUUGGUGGGAGCUUUACAGCAUCUCACACUUACUAGACCUGACCUAUCCUUCAGUGUGAACCAGAUAUGUCAAUUCUUACACUGCCCAACCACUGAUUAUCUAGUAGCAGCUAAGAGAGUGUUGAGAUAUCUAAAGGGCACCUUACAGUUUGGUCUAAACUUCAGCAAGGGCUCAUUGCAACUUAAUGGUUUUUGUGAUUCUGAUUGGGCAAGGUCUCCUGAUGACAAGAAGUCCACAUCUGGCUAUUGUAUAUAUCUUAGUGCCUGCCUUAUUUCUUGA